AUGGAGGCCUUUAAAAGAUUUUUAGAUCUCCGAAAUGCUGUAUUUAAAAUCCGCAUAUCAGGAUGCAUUACAGAAAAAACUCUUGAAAAAUUGAACAAGGAUCUGAAGAAAAAAGCUUGGCGACGCCCAGUCGCCCUCGCAGUCGUGGUAAACUCUCCAGGAGGAAGCGCAGCACAAAGCAGCUUAAUUAGACAACGGCUUUUGACGUUUAGUAAGCAGCAUAAUAUCCCAGUCUUUGCGUUUGCAGAAGAUCUUGCAGCAUCUGGGGGUUAUUAUGUAAUGUCAGCUGCAAAUGAAAUUUAUGCGACUCCUGCAUCACUUAUUGGGAGCAUUGGGGCAAGAUUCAGCUUGUUUGGGAUUAAAGGGCUUGCAAAUAAGUAUGGGAUUGAAAGAAGAAGCUGGGCAAGCUCACCAUUGGAUUUGAAUGAAAGAAUUGACCCUCUUAAAGAGCUUAAGCCAGAGACCCAAAAAUGGCUUGUAGGAUUAGUGCAAGAUACAGGAGUCGAAUUUAAAAAGUAUUCGAAAAUAAUUAAGAUGUUUUAUAUGCAUGGUAAAUGGAGUAAUAGAUAAAGUUAGCAAAAUGAAAAGAUGGUUAAUUAUAAGGGAGUAGUAGAAGAAGCUAGAAGAGGAAAAAUCAAGGUCGAAGAAGCAAAAAGAGAUGAAGCUUUGUACAAUGGAGAUCUCUUCACUGCAGGUGAGUCUUUGAAGUAUGGACUUAUAGACCAAGAGCCGAUAUAGAUAAACCGGACUGGGAGUAUGCUGAACAGCAUGCUGAGCAAGUUUUCAAACUCACUUUGGCAAACAAGCUCUAGAAGUUGACAGAUACUUCAUAUCGGGGGGUAUUUCAACUCCCCAAGUUGAUUCGUCAACUUAAGCUAGAGAGCCAACUCAGGGAGUUGCUAACUCCACCCCUCAGUGAGCGAACAAAACCAUUAAAAAUCCAUAUCUUUUGGGUAAAAACCCUAUUAUAGUGAGCGAACAGAAAAAUUUUUAUUAAAAAAUAUAUUGAUAUAUAAAUAAAUAUUACAAGAAAUCUCUAGUUAAUUCCCGUUUAAUUUAAGCAGCUUGCAUUUUAAAAAAAUUAAUUCUACAUUUCUUUAAAAAUUAUAUUGAUUGGGAUUUUUAAAUUUUGAAAAAAAAAUUAUGAUAAAAUUUAUAUUAUCAGUUGCUUAAAUUUCUGAUCGGCUCCUGCGAGCCAAAGAUGGAUUUCACACGUGAAAAUCCAGAAAUUCCACGUGGAAACCCAUUUUUGGCUCUUGGGAGCCGAUCAGAAAUAAUGCCAAAAUAUUAUAUAUAAAUUUCUUAAAAAUUAUUAACCCCGUGAUCGAACAAAAUUUUUUUGGAGGGAGGGAUUAAGCAAUUCCCAGCACAGGACCGCUUAGAUUAGUUUCUGGAUAUAUUGAUAAUUAUGGAGUUUGUGACGAAAUCAUGAAGGAAAUGUUUCCUAAUUACCAAGUGGUGGAUUUAUCAAAGGUUUCUAAGUAUUCAAAACUUCUUUCAAUGCUCGAAGAAUAA